UCGGACAUGGAAUGACAUGGAUCCUUACAUUUCCGUCGUCACUUUUUCCACUUUGAUAUUCCGGCCCACGAUACUUUGGAGAGGUACCUUUCUAGAAACGACGCACCCGGCAACGAAGAUUCAACGCGAUCAGCUCGAGGAAGGCCGGAACGUUACAUUACGACGAUACCAAGAUGCCGCCAACCCUGGAACUCCUCGCGGAGGACUACGCGUCAGAGGAAGACUCCGACUUCGCGCCAGAAGCUGCCGAAGCCGCCGAAGAAUCAUCAGUAUCCGACGACGACGACGAAGAAGCCGGUGACGAUGCCGAGAAAUCAAAGCCCGAAAAGAGGAAACGCGCCACCGUCGACGAGGUGGAAGACGCUGGUUACGACAAUUCCGGAGAUGAAGCGAUAAUAAAAAGGGGAGAGAAGCGACAAAAGAAGGCAAAGGCAAAGGAUGUUGCCGACGAUGAGGAAACUGGCGAGGGUGGCCUCAUCAAGACGCGCAGCCAACGCGCUGUUGAAAAAGAGAAGCGUUCAACAGCCGCCGCCAGCGGACCCGUUACAAUCGACGUUGAUGCCCUCUGGGCGCAAAUGACCAGCGAGCCGGUCAUACCACGAACAAGUUCAGCGAAACCAGACGAAAGCGCCGACGCAGCGAAUCAUGAUGCCACGAAAUCAUCUCCACAGCAGCCAGAAGCAGGCAAAUCGAAAGAUCCCGACUCCAACUUCAUAAAAAUCAAGAGAACCUACAACUUCGCCGGCAAAGUCCACACCGAAGAGAAGCUCGUUGCCCGCGACUCUGCCGAAGCAAAGCUCUACCUCGCCUCUUUCGGGGAGAACGCCACAGCGGCCGACGGCGAAGCAGCCGCAGAGGACGAGUCCUCCUCCACCAAGCGCAUGCCCCGAAAAGCCUUCCGGUCCGUCUUCGAGCCCAUCACCGAUGCCAACUCGGCGCAUCGCUCCGACCUCAACCUGAGCAUGGCCUCCCGCCUGCAGGCUCGCGAAGCCACGGGCAGCAAGGCCAAGAAGCUCAACACGGUCGAGAAGAGCAAGAUGGACUGGGCGGUGGCGGUUGACAAGAUGGGCCUCAAGGACGAGCUCGAGCUGGCGGGCAAGUCCAAGGACUCGUUUGCUGCGAGACAGGAUUUCUUGGCCAGGAGCGAGAUGCGCAGGGAGGAGGAGGCGAGGAGGGCGAGGAUGGCGCAGGCGGGGAAGACGUGAGCGCGCUACCACUAUUCUGUGGCAUGCGAUCGCCAUUCGUCUAUUGUCGCUUGCCUUUAUUGUUGUAUGGAUCGCGUCUUCUCGCCAAAGCAGUAUGGGAGGACCGCACUAUGCAACA